AUGGAGAGAUCGUUUGUUGAAUUUAGUUCCCAUGCAAGACAUGCAAAGGUGGCCAUGCAAGGAGAAGUGGCAGCAAGCAGUCGAGCUAUGAAGUGCAGAAACUGGAGCUUGAAGUUGCCUAACUACUUGUUAUGUUUUGAUUCAAGGCUCGAGGCUUGCUAUACAAGCAAGAUUGAAAACAUUCUGUUGUUGUCUCUUUGCACCAACAUCGUUGAAGAUUUCACGAAUCAACGAAAGGCACUUAAAUUGAGGAAACAGAGGGUGAAAACUCGUGUCGAUGAGGCUAAAAGGAAAAUUGAGGUCAUUUAUGAGGACGUUGAGGACUGGCUUAGAAGUGCUGAGAAAGAACUGGAAGAAACCCAGAACUUGGAAGAUGAAAUAGAUAGCAUCAAGUGUUUCAAAUGGUGUCCUAAAUGGGGCUGGCGAUACUGCUUAAGUAAGAAACUUGCAGAGAAGACUCCUAUUAUCUCUAAACUUUUAGAGGCUUCUAACUUCCCACAGGUGGGCUAUCGUGGUUCUCUUCAAGGAAUAGAGUUCAUCACAUCCACGGAUUUCAUGGACUCUGAAUCUUCAAAAUCAGCUUUGAACCAGAUCAUGGAGGCUAUAAACGCUAAGGGUGUCAAAAUGAUCGGACUGCAGGGAAUGCCAGGAGUUGGUAAAACAACUUUAGCCCAAGAAGUUGGGAAGCAAGCUCGAGAACAAAAGCUCUUUGAUAAAGUUGUAAUGUUUACUAUGUCCCAAAAUCCAAACAUCAACAAAAUCCAAGAUAAAGUUGCAGAUAUUUUUGGUUUAAAUUUUGAAACAAGUAGCCGAGAAGGAAAAGCAGAAGUGCUAUUCAGGAGUAUGCAAGGCGUGAACAAAAUCCUCGUAAUUGUCGACGACCUCUGGGAAGAAUUGAAAUUGGAGAGGAUUGGAAUUCCAUUCGGUGAUGAACACAAGGGUUGUAAAAUUCUUCUGACUACACGUGAUCAACAAGUCUGCACUAAAAUGAACUGUACGAAGGAAAUUCAACUUGGCAUCUUAUCCGAAGACGAAGCAUGGGUUUUAUUUCGAGGUAAAGCUGGUUUAGAUGAUGACAGUUCCACCUUGAAUGAUGUGGCCAAAGAGGUUGCUGCUCAAUGUAAGGGAUUGCCUCUUGCAAUUGUUGUCGUGGCCAAAGCUUUGAAAGAUAAAAGGAAUGAAAUUGUUAUGGCACUUAAAAAACUCCAAAAAUCAGGCUUGAUUUUGGGAACUGAUGAUGCAGAAAGGAUAAGAAUGCAUGAUGUGGUUCGAGAUUUUGCUCAUUGGCUGACAUCAACCGGAGAAAAUAGGUUCAUGGUAAAAGAUGAGCUGAAAGAAUGGCCCGAUAUGGAUGGAUGUUAUAGUGCAAUCGCUUUAUGGAAUUGUAGUAUUAACAUAAAAAAACUUCCUGAUAAAGUGGAAUUUUCAAAGCUCAAGACUUUGAUUUUAGAGGGGGAUUGGGAUUGCGAUUGGAACUGGGACUUGAGGCAGAAGCGGAAGCGGAAGCGAGGUGAUUUACUGGUGGUUUCCAGUAUAUUUUUUGAAGAAAUGAAAGCCCUCCAAGUUCUAUAUCUAGAAAGUGUCAGUUUCUUACCCAUAGGAUUCCAUUCCUUACCAAAUCUUAGAACUGUGUUGUGUGGAUUGCGAGCUGGAAAACUUCUCAUCAUCACUGAAAAAUAUGAGAAGCCUUGA